AUGUCGACCCGCCGCAGUGGACUCCGCUCGCGCAGAGAGCCCCAGCAGCAAUCUGACCCCGACACGCCAGAUGCCACGCCCUCGCGGAAGCGCAGGCGGGUGAGCAGCCCAACAACUACUAGUGUUGCGGCCAACUUGUACUCACUCGCACAGUUGAACGGCUCUGCCCAGGACGAAGCUGCCUCGGCUGCCGCAGACCCUCCCCGUACCCGCAUCACCGAGUCCGUCGCCAGCAACGACUCCAACACGACGCUCCCCAACGGCGGCGAUGCAGAGAACAACAUGGACCCCAUCGAGCGCCAGAACCUCGUCAUUGCCGCUCUCCGCACCCCCGCAUACACGCCCAAUGCCGCCAUCGACUAUGCAAACGACCUGCAGUCGCAGCGCAACGAGGGCAAGAACAUUGCCGCCUUUGCAAAGAUUGCUGCGCGUGACUGGUGCUUCUUCGUCCAGGACACACAGGUCAGGAUUGGCCGUGUAGACUCCAGCAGCCGUGCCAACCCCCAGAGCUCCCAGGCCGACCUUGCUGGCAUGCCCAUGAGCGACUCGCAGCGCCAGGAUUGGGGCGUACAUAUUGACCUUGGCCCCGAGCGCCAGAUUUCCCGUGUUCAUGCAGAGAUCAACUUUGACCCCUCAGACCAGAAAUGGUACAUUACAGUAAACAGCCGCAAUGGUCUCAAGCUCGACGAUCGCCAUCUCACUAGGGGAGACAGGGCCGCCCUGCAUUCUGGCAUCUGCAUCAGCAUCAUGAGCACCCAGAUGCUUUUCCUCCUCGCCAACCAAGAGGACCACUUUCACCCGAUGCUAUGGCGCCAGGUCAAGAAUGAAGAUGCUGCCGAGUCUGACAAUGACGGUAACCCGCCACCGAAGUCUCACCAACAUGCACACCCUCCUGGCCCGACACCAAAGCGGGAUCAAUAUGAUCCGUUUCCACCAUCCUCGCACCCUCGCCAUAAGCACCAGUCUUCGCAAGCCUAUUAUAACCAGAUGACAUCUACUCCGGGUGGUCAGCCAGGAACGCCCAUGACAUUUCGUGCCGACAAGGACCCCCGCAGCAAAGGCUCCCCUGCCACCUUCUCCCGGUCUGUCGUUCUGGAUACAGGAGACGACAUUGACUACAGUCUAGACUCAACCAAAGAUAUCAAGCCACCUCAUAGCUAUGCCCAGCUCAUCGGUCAAGCAAUUUUGAGCAGCGAGGAGGAGAUGCUUACCCUUGCCAACAUUUACGACUACAUCAAAGCUCGCUAUGCAUUCUUUCGGCACACCAACAGUGGCUGGCAAAACAGCAUUCGCCACAACCUAUCCCUGAACAAGUCGUUUGCAAAGGUCGCACGUCGUACGGAUGAACCGGGAAAAGGUAUGAAGUGGAAGAUUGCCGACAGCGAAAAGGAGGAAUUUAUUAAGAAGCAGCUUCUCAAUCCUCGCAAGGGUGGCGGUAUGACCAUAGGGUAUCGCAUCGACGGCUCAGGGCCUAGUUCGCCUGCACUUGGAAAUCCAACCCAGGCCACCGAGCGUCUUGUGGGUGCCUUGGAGCGCGACAAUCGCUCUCAACAAUACGCUCCUCGCAUCAAGUCACCCCCACGCUCUGCAACGCCUCCACUUUCCUCCGUCCCUGUCGCAAACGAGUCAUAUACCCCAGAUCGUGGCCCACGUCCAUAUGGAGGAUUCAAGCAGUCCCCAAACACCCGUGAUCAGGAUCAUCGUUUUGUCACUCCUGCGAAGCGACUUAUGUAUGGGAGCAACGAGGGACAAGGUACUUAUAUCAAGCAGGACGAAUCCCAACGACACCUCGAGUCUUCGCCUGGGGUAGACCCUGUCAAGCAAAGUGUUCCUGGGAUGAAGACCGAUGUAGGAAACUCUCCGCCAACUCUGUACUCUGAUGCUGCCUCCAAUAGUAUGGGCGGCAGCUAUGAUACAGGUAGGGUGAACAAUGCACUUGUCACACCCUUGGUUACAAGGCAUGCACCUCGCCUUGCGCCUCCCAGCACUGCCCAGAUGCCUAGCCAAUACAUGGCCUUCUCCAGCCCUGCACCCUUUUGGAAGUUUGUCGAUCUCCCUAGCACGCCUGCCAAAGGACCCCUUGAGCUCAGUCCAAUCAAACUCCAGCGUCCGGAUUUCAAGGAUGGUGACGACGAAGACGACAAUCACCCCAGCUCGCCGCCUAUGCUACCAGGCAGGAGUGCCGAGCCUGAAGAUGACCAAGAUCAGGAUGGUGAAUUGAAGGGUGAGGACGAUGAGGAUGCUGGUCCGGAGAGCCCAAGCCGCACAGUUUCUCGACCCGUCAGCCGGCGCGAGAUUGGAAGCCAACGGUCACGGUCAAAUAGUAAUGUCAAUGGAUUAGGUCUGGGAAUUGUAGGCAACGGCGGAAUGGUACGAGGAGCAAGUCUGGGGAGUUUCGAGGAAGAAGCAGAGCCCGAGGAAGAGAGCUACGAUCUUUCCAAGGGUUUCCAGAAGAUCGGCUCAUUCCAUCGUAGCAUGGCUCAAGCUCAUGGCCUGGGUAGUCUUGGCGGUCGAUCAACUGCUACACCGCCGCCUCCGCCCCCGCAUAUUUCGCGCACAAGCGUCCCUGCGAACAUGUAA